UUUGGUCCAAGGGAAUUUUCGGCCACUUCAUUUUAGUGAGAGAAAAUUUAUUUUGUGUUCCAUUAAUAUCAUUUUGUGUAUGUAGAAAAUAUCUAUAAUAUUUUAUAUAUUAUUAGAAAUAUUUUCUAUAGAAAUAUACAAGAUUAUUAUUAUCCCAAUUUUAAUCUUUAUAUUUUAUACUACUAUAAUCUUUACUAGCAUAAAGAUUGUGGUAGACUCCGGCGUUGUUCGUGUGUCAAAGUUGGAGACCGGACGCUUGAACGGUUACGUUUACAAUUUCAACGCUCUUCCUACGACUUCUUUGUUUUUACCGCUUCUGGAGAAAGAAAAUCAAUCUUCCUUCCAUCAUCCUUAAACACAUGCACGAAUGCUCCAAUCUCCUAAACAAACCCUAUGCCAUGCUUCUUACCCACAUCUUUGCCAAGAGGGAAAUUCUUGAGGUGCGCCCUUCUCGUGUCCGCUAUCUUGACGUGGAGUGCCUUGGCUAUUGUGGCCUCGUAAAGAUUGGAGAGGAGUACUACAUGAAGAAAGAGUUCCAAAAUCUUGUUGAGGCGACACGAGCGGAGUAUGGUCCUCGGCGUUCCAUGUCAUCUUUGCCUUCCACUUCACGAGCACCCCAAGCCGAAGCCAAAGAAAAUGCCAACACGGAAGUCCCCGUUCGUGCUCCUCGGGUCAAACGCUCAAAGUCGGCGUCUCAUGCUUCCUCGACCUCUCUCAUGCAUCGUCACUCUCACAUGGCUUCAACUUCCAAAAAUCCGUUUAAGAAGUUCAAGAAGUUCAUCCUCAAGACCGUGGUGGCUCCGAUGAGGAAGAUUCAAGAAAGCCUCGAUGACCUCUCAGAUCAGAUGAAGAAGAUUGAGGACCGUGAGAAUCGCCAAAAGCAAAACGAGGAUCAUGCUUCUAGACGCCGCUAAGUGUUGAGCAUUUUACAAAAUGAUCAAACAUUCACUUAUCUAUGUUUUCAAAUCAAUUGUUUAUUUUGUU